AUGGAAUGUUGUUUAUCGUUUCAGAAAUCAACAACUGAUGAUCCCGAUUAUAUAGCGGGAGUCGUUUCAUAUACACCUGUUACAUUUUCCAACAAGACAACAGUCGAAAAAUUCGUGAAAGAUAAUUUAAAGAAUUACUUAGAUUUGAUCGCAUUUACCAAUGGCAAAAACGUUGAUAUUUUGGUUUUUCCUGAAGGUACUCUCAAUUAUUGGGGUCUCGAAAACAAUCGCACAUUAUUGUUAGAAGGCGCUGUUGAUGUUCCUGAAGUCAAUAGUGUUAACGCUACGCCUGCCAAAGAUCCUGAGCAAGGGGAAAUUCUGCAAACAAUUUCAAGAAAAGCUGCUGAACAUCAAAUGUAUAUUUUGAUAAACCUUAUUGAAGUAUCAAAAUGCAUGCAAACCCAUAUCAGUGAAGAAGUACAGCUUCAAGGUAUGGAAUCAAACAAUACUGAUUUAACGCACGCUGAAUCUGUUGUAGCAGAAAAAGAAGUAACUCAAGAGACAGUGAAAGAAAACGACUCGUGUGGCGAAGAUGGAUUCAUGUUAUUCAAUACGAAUGUUGUGUUCGACCGUAAUGGAACUAUUAUAUCUAAAUAUCGAAAAUAUAAUUUAUAUAAUGACCUUGCUGUUUCGAUCGAAAGAAAGCCAGAAAUAGCAAGUUUUACCACAGAUUUCGGAAUUCAAUUCGGACACUUUAUUUGCUUUGAUAUAUUAUUUAAAAAGCCUGCUAUGAAACUCGUUCAAAACAAUAUUCGUCAUAUACUUUAUCCAACACUAUGGUUCUCUGAAACACCAUUUUUGACAGCAGCUCAAGUUCAGGCAGCAUGGGCAAAUACCAACAAUGUUGUCCUUUUAGCUUCUGGAGGAAAUCUGGCAGAUUGGGGUUCAAGUGGAACAGGAAUCUACAUUGGAAGACACGGAGCAUCAAAAGUUCUAAUGAGCCCAAAUGGUGAAAAAAGAAUUAUUAUCGAUAGAGUUCCAAAGAAUCCAGAUAUCACAGAGCUUGAAGGAAAAAAUGAUGUUAAGGAAUUUUCUCCAAUGGAAAUGCAAAAUUUUCAUGUUAACAUAUUUGAUGUCAAAGGCGUUCAUAUUCUUGAAUCACCAAAAACUGAACAUGUUUGCGAAGAUUUUCUGUGCUGCUCGUACGAAAUAACUUAUAAAGCAAACAUUAUCAAAUCUAUAAUCUUCAGUUAA